UGAGCUGUUCGCAAUUGAGGAGAAUACAAGAGCCGAGUCCCACCUGCUUCCGUUCUCCCUUCUCUCUUCCUCGAUCUCCACCCACAGAGAGACAGAGAGGGGGGGGAGGAAAAAAUCACCUUUGGCUUCCAUGGAGGAAUUCAGAUCGAGGUCGUGCGGGAACGGGAGGAUGGAGUUGGAGGUCUACGGGAGCCGGGCGGCUCCUCCGGCCUCGGGCCUCCACGAGCUGCGGUGCUACAGCGCCUCCUAUGCGUCGUCGCAGCGGAGCAGCUGCGAGGUCCCCAAGGAGAUCAAGCUCAAGAAGAGGAAGAGCACCGCGGGGUCGUCUUCCUCCAAGAGUGGGUGGAGCCUCAGUGACCCGGAGCUGCAGAGAAAGAAGAGGGUGGUGGGAUACAAGGCCUACGCCGUGGAGGGCAAGAUGAAGGGGUCGCUGAGGAAGAGCUUCAGGUGGCUUAAGGAGAGAUACACCCAGGUGGUCUACGGAUGGUGGUGAUUCUUCUUCUCUCGAUGAUGAGUUUGGAUAACCUGGCUGCGUGUCAAGUCUUCUUGUCAGGGAGUAAAGGAGAUUCUGCAUCACAUUUCCUGCUCAUAACUUUAUGAUAGCGGGAAGGGAUGUAAAAAAGCCCUUCUCAGCCCCUGUAUUAUGUGUUUUUCUUUUAUUUAAUUAAAAUUGGUGCUUUUAUUAUGAGAUUUGUCUGCCAGAUAUCAGUGUAUCCGCCAAUAUGAACAUUGCAUUCAACACCUAAUGAACCAUCUCCUUUGUUUGUCAAAAUCUUCAGGAAUAUGAUGCGGUAUCCAUGACUUUUUAA